GCGCCAAGAAUUGACCAAGUGAAGCUACAACUUUGGGACAUAAAUUCUGGGGUCCCAAGACAUGUCGCUGACCAACACAAAGACGGGGUUUUCGGUCAAGGACAUCUUGGACCUUCCGGACACCAACGAUGAGGAGGGCUCGGUGGCCGAAGAGCCGGAGGAGGAGAGCGAGGGGCCAGAGCCCGCCAAGAGGGCCGGGCCGCUGGAGCAGGGCGCCCUGGACACAGUGCAGAGCCUGCCCCUGAAGAACCCUUUCUACGACAGCAGUGACAACCCAUAUACACGCUGGCUGGCCAGCACCGAGGGCCUCCAGUAUUCCCUGCACGGGCUGGCGGCCGGAGCGGCGCCCCAGGACUCGAGCUCCAAGUCUCCGGAGCCUUCGGCGGACGAGUCACCGGACAAUGACAAGGAAACCUCGGGCGGCGGUGGGGACGCAGGCAAGAAGCGGAAGCGGCGGGUGCUGUUCUCCAAAGCGCAGACCUACGAGCUGGAGCGGCGUUUCCGACAGCAGCGGUACCUGUCGGCACCCGAGCGCGAGCACCUGGCCAGCCUCAUCCGCCUCACGCCCACGCAGGUGAAGAUCUGGUUCCAGAACCACCGAUACAAGAUGAAGCGCGCGCGGGCCGAGAAAGGUAUGGAGGUGACGCCCCUGCCCUCGCCACGCCGGGUGGCCGUGCCUGUUUUGGUCAGGGACGGCAAACCGUGCCACGCGCUCAAAGCCCAGGACUUGGCAGCUGCCACCUUCCAGACGGGCAUCCCCUUUUCGGCUUACAGCGCGCAGUCUCUGCAGCACAUGCAGUACAACGCCCAGUACAGCUCGGCCGGCACUCCCCAGUACCCGACAGCACACCCCUUGGUCCAGGCCCAGCAAUGGACUUGGUGAGCGCCGCCUCUCUGAGACUGGUGGCCGCAGGCCCAGGCUCCACCCUGGCGGCGGCGGCAGUGACAAGAACUUGGUCCUUAAGGUUGUUAUUAUUGUUGUUGUUGUUGUUGUUGUUGUUAUUAUUAUUAUUAUUAUCGUGGAGUCCAGUUGACUCUUGGCUCCGUAAAGGAGGCGCCAGGAACGUGCCUGCGCCUCCUUAGAGUGGCAGAUUUCAUCCACCCUGCGCUGCCCCCGUCCGUCUCUGCUUUUGAACCUUUGCAGAGGGCUGAACUAUAAGUGGUGUUUACAGAAUGUUUUUGCGCAGCUUCACUUCUUUGCCUUUCCCCGGGGCGGGGCGGGAGGACCAAAUAGACCCAAUGUUAACGUCCUAACCCGCGGAGGAGAAAAAGGCCAACUCCCCUUCCCCUCCCCCAGCUUUUGUGAAUUUUGUUAAAUAUGUGUGUCAGUAGCGAUAUUGUCAACCGUCUUCUUCUAAAGCAAGUGGAGAACACUUUAAAAUAUAGAGGAUUUCCCCCAUUUUAUAAAAAAGAUGCUAAAUAUUUAUGGCCAUGUAAACGUUCUGACAGCUGGUGGCAGAUUUCGCUUUUUGUUGUAAAUAUCGGUGGUGAUUGUUGCCAAAAUGACCUUCGUUCGAGAUGGGCCUGUUCUCUCUAAAGACCCAACUCUUUUCUCUGUGGUUUGUUUUGGUUUGCUUAUGUUUGGUUACCUCUGCUUUCUUAUUUUCUUUAUUUUGUUCAGUGUAAACAUUUCUCAAAUAUAAAAAAAGGAAAAGUGUAUAGGCGUGAAGUCCCAUGCCCCAUUGUGGGAGUCCUGGGCCCCGGAACUUGGAGCUUAGUGGUUCCAUGAGGUUCCCCAAGAGC